AUGGCCCUUCAACCUUAUCAGGAUAACUCAGAAGUCUCGAAUCCUACGAAGAGGAUAAGAUGGGCGACACACCGGGCAAGUGGACAAAAGGGCGACCGCAAGCGGCAAUCGCUCAUCGAGCGCAUGCACAAGCGUACUGGGUCGGCAGAAUUGAAGAGCGAGGCGAAUGGCGAUGCCAUGGUCACUUCCGGUGGCGAGACGCCCGCGUCCUACAACAGUAGCGAGGAAGAGGAUUCAGGGCGAUGGAUAUUUUUUAACAUACCCUUGCCAGCGGACGCUCGAGACGAGCAAGGACACCCGAUAGCCCACUUUGCUAGGAACAAGAUACGGACAGCAAAGUAUACGCCGAUCAGUUUCAUACCGAAGAACUUAUGGUUUCAGUUCCACAACAUCGCGAAUGUUUACUUCUUGUUCAUCAUUAUUCUAGGGAUAUUCCCCAUAUUUGGAGCCGACAAUCCGGCUCUGAAUGCUGUGCCUCUAAUCGUAAUCCUGUUUGUGACAGCGGUGAAAGACGGUAUAGAAGAUUGGCGAAGGACGAAUCUCGACAACGAGUUGAACAAUGCGCCUGUGCACAGGCUGGUGGAUUUCAACAAUGUCAACACUGCAGAGGACAAGAUAUCAUUGUGGCGCAAGUUUAAGAAGGCAACGACAAGAGCAAUUACAUUUGCGUGGAGGAAGUGGCAAGGCAGGAAGGGUUCGAAGAAGGGGAACAUGAAAACCUACGCUGAGACGGCAAUGGACCAGCCAAGGCCAUCAAUCGAUACAAGGCGAACGUCUGUGGUAUCCAGAAGCUCCAGAAGGACGUCGUACCAUUCCACGCGCAGUCAACCAGGCGACGAUGGCAUCCAAAUGACACCCGUCCCAUCGCCGCUUCCAGGCCAGAGCCCUCAGAAAGAGGAGUAUAUGGACAUUCCCGGCGAGCCUGCGACAACCGUAUCGUACGAGCAGGUUCACGCUGAGCCGUAUGAGCAGGCAUCGGCUUCGGAAAAGCCCAGGAAGGCGCGUCCAGAACCGCCUAGGCGAUUCCACGGCAGUCUAAUUAAUCCCUUGAAGCAAGCGCCCGAUAAAGCCCGUUUCAAGAAGGAUUACUGGAAGAAUGUACAAGUCGGAGAUUUUGUCCGGCUUUACAACGAGGAACAGGUCCCUGCCGAUAUUGUCGUUCUUUCCACAUCGGAUCACGACGGAGCGUGUUACAUCGAGACGAAGAACCUGGACGGGGAGACCAAUUUGAAGGUCCGGCAAGCCUUGCAUUGUGGUCGCAGCGUGAAGCAUGCCCGUCACUGCGAGCAGUCUGAAUUUGUGAUAGAAAGCGAGGGCCCCCACGCCAACCUCUACUCUUACAGUGGCGUAAUCAGGUGGAAACAGCACGACCUUAAGAAUCCUGACGGUGCUACCGUUGACAUGGCCGAACCAAUUUCGAUCAACAACGUACUCCUUCGAGGCAGCAGCGUCCGCAAUACCGAGUGGGUACUCGGGGUGGUCAUCUUCACUGGAGAAGAAACGAAGAUCAUGCUCAACUCAGGUAUCACACCCAGCAAGCGCGCUAAGAUUUCGAAGGACCUUAACUGGAAUGUCAUCUACAACUUCAUUAUCUUAUUCUUCAUGUGUUUGAUUUCCGGUAUCAUCCAAGGAGUGACCUGGUCCCAGACGGAUUCUACCAUUACGUACUUUGAGUACGGUUCCUAUGGAGGCUCGCCUGCUCUGGAUGGGUUUAUCACAUUCUGGGCCGCUGUUAUUCUGUUUCAGAACUUGGUCCCGAUCUCGCUCUACAUCACGCUUGAAAUCAUCCGGACAGCUCAAGCGUACUUCAUCUACAGCGACGUCCUUAUGUACUACGACAAGAUCGAUUACCCGUGCACGCCGAAGUCUUGGAACAUCUCGGACGACCUUGGCCAGAUUGAGUACAUUUUCUCUGACAAGACAGGGACGCUGACACAGAACGUCAUGGAGUUCAAGAAAGCCACCAUCAACGGUGUGCCGUACGGAGAAGCAUAUACAGAAGCACAAGCAGGCAUGCAUCGCAGGCAAGGCAUCAACGUCGAAGAGGAGGGUGCUCGAGCUCAUGAGCAGAUUGCCCAAGACCGCGUUCGGAUGUUGAACAGCCUGCGCAAAAUCCACCCAAAUCCUUACCUACUUGACGACCAGCUCACCUUCGUCGCGCCUGACUUCGUGGAUGAUCUGGCAGGAGAGAGUGGCAAAGGGCAAAAGCUGGCAAAUGAGCAGUUCAUGCUUGCGUUGGCGUUAUGCCACACUGUCAUCACCGAAAAGACCCCUGGAGAUCCGCCCAGGAUUGAUUUCAAGGCACAAUCGCCCGACGAAGCCGCGUUAGUAGCCACCGCACGCGAUUGCGGCUUUACGGUUUUGGGACGCGCCGAUGACAAGAUCAUUCUCAACGUCCAGGGGGAAGAACGAAGGUACACCGUCCUCAAUACGCUAGAAUUCAACUCAUCGCGAAAGCGUAUGAGCGCUAUCAUCAGAAUGCCAAACGGCAAGAUCAUCCUUUUCUGCAAAGGUGCAGAUAGCGUGAUCUAUUCGCGCCUCAGGCGUGGUGAGCAGCCGGAACUUCGUAAGGCUACUGCCGAGCAUCUGGAGAUGUUCGCCCGAGAAGGACUUCGUACGCUCUGUAUUGCGCAGCGAGAGCUCGGUGAAGAGGAAUACCAAGAGUGGAACAAGGAGCAUGACCUCGCUGCCGCUGCGGUACAAGAUCGAGAAGAGAAACUCGAAAGGGUCUCUGACGCCAUAGAAAGGGAGCUUCUGCUCCUUGGUGGCACUGCUAUCGAGGAUCGACUUCAAGAUGGUGUUCCGGAUGCCAUAGCCCUGCUCGGCGACGCUGGCAUCAAGCUUUGGGUGCUAACCGGAGACAAGGUCGAAACCGCUAUCAACAUUGGUUUCUCGUGCAACCUGCUCAACAACGACAUGGACCUCAUCGUGUUUACUGCCAGUGAUGAUAAGUUAGAGACAGCCGAGGCGCUUCUGGAUAGACAUCUCAAGACCUUCAACAUGACUGGAUCAGAUGCAGAGCUCAAGGCUGCUCAGGACGACCACGAACCACCAGAGCCUACGCACGCUAUCAUCAUCGACGGCGACUCCCUGAAGCUGGUCCUCGACGAUGCCCUGAAGCAGAGGUUUCUAUUACUCUGCAAGCAAUGCAAGGCUGUGCUGUGCUGCAGAGUCAGUCCUAGUCAGAAAGCUGCCGUUGUGCAGAUGGUGAAGCGCGGUCUUGAUUGCCUCACUUUGUCGAUCGGAGACGGUGCAAACGACGUUGCCAUGAUCCAGGAAGCGCACGUAGGAGUCGGCAUCGCUGGUGAGGAGGGUCGCCAAGCCGUCAUGUCCUCAGAUUACGCCAUCGGACAGUUCAGGUUCCUGACAAGACUGGUCCUUGUCCACGGGCGGUGGUCGUACAGGAGACUGGCAGAAACUAUCGCCAACUUCUUCUACAAAAAUAUAGUGUGGACCUUUUCCCUCUUCUGGUACCAGAUUUAUUGCAACUUCGACUGCGCGUACAUCUUCGAUUACACGUACAUUAUCCUGUACAACUUGGCCUUCACAUCCCUUCCGGUCAUCCUAAUGGGAGUCUUGGAUCAGGAUGUUUCGGACAAGGUGUCUCUAGCUGUUCCUCAGCUUUACAGACGCGGCAUCGAACGAAAAGAGUGGACUCAGCCUAAGUUUUGGCUCUAUAUGCUCGACGGAGUGUACCAAUCCCUCAUCUGCUUUUACAUGGUGUACCUCGUCUUUGCGCCCGCCAACUUCGUCACCGAAAGCGGCAUGAACAUCGAUGAUAACACUCGCAUGGGUGUUUACAUCGGCAGCGCCGCUGUCACAGUUGUCAACGUUUAUCUCCUCUUGAACACCUACCGUUGGGAUUGGCUCAUCAUCCUAAUCACCAUUAUCAGCAUCCUUCUGAUCUGGUUCUGGACUGGCGUCUACACUGCAACAACGGCAGGUUUCCGCUUCUAUCAGGCGGCUCCACACGUCUACGGCCAGCUCUCCUUCUGGGCCACAGUUCUACUCAUUGUGAUCAUCUGUCUCUUGCCCCGGUUCGCCGUCAAGGCAUUCCAAAAGAUGUACAGACCGCUCGACGUUGACAUCAUACGCGAGCAAGUGCGGCAAGGGAAGUUCGACUACCUCAAAGAUGUCGAUGUCAAGCACGUAGCGCCAUCCCCCGAAUACCUUUCCUCGGGCUCCUCAGAGGCUUCCAAGAAGGACAAACCGACGAAUGGCAACGCUCCAGUCCGAGACGACGAGCGACCCAUCUACCCGCCUUCCGUCGCCCCGACCGGCACAACCCACAACCCUCGCAGCCACAACGGCAGUGAUGGAACAGACUACACAGGCCACAUGUCGUGGAACGACCGCAAACCGAGCGUCAUCGUCGAGCCCCCACCCCGCCCUUCCCUAGAGUACCCACGCAACUCCCUUGACAGGCCCAGACCCUCUUUCGACCGCGCUCGGCUUUCAAUGGACAAAUGUCGGCCGAGCUUCGAAGCCAGCAACGACUUCACGUCGGCAGCGCUGCUGAGCCGGAUUGAAAGUAGCCAUUCGGCUGCGAGGGCGUCGAAGAGACGGAAUGACAUCACUCGCGAUAUGGGAUGA